CUUUGCACACAAACACAUUUUCAGGACACCACUUUAAUUCCCCUGGUACACUCACCAGUUACCAACUCUGGUGGUAGAAGGAUCAAACCAAUAGAUAUAUAUAAAUGCUUAGAGACAUUCACAAGUGAAAGAACACCCUCCUGCAUUUGAAAUUUUUCCAUCCCCUGCACAUUUCCAUUGAUCUCCAACAACAAAAAGAACAGAAAUUUUCCUUCAAAGACCUCUUUGAUUCCAAACCUCAAAAUAUGCAGAGGAUUGUUUCUGUGAAAUUAGCCUCAAACCUCCCCAAAAACCUAUCAACCUCCACCACCACCCAAAGCUCUUCCCUUCUCCACUUCCAACCUCACAAAACCUUCUCUCUCACGAAACCACCCCAAACCCAGACCCAAAAUCACUUCUUUAGCUCCUUCCCCACAAACCCACUUCCCCAUCAGCACAAUCUCACUCACAAAAUUCAUGGCUUUCUCUCCAACCCAGUACUCAGAAAACACUUUUCUUUGGAUUCCGCAAAUACCCUUUUGAGGGUAUCGAGCAAGAGGCUUUCGGAUUGCAGGCUUGCCUUUCUCCAAAGCAAGUUUCCCAAACAGAGUUUUAACUUCAACCCAAGUCGUAUUUCUAAUCAGAGUGCCUGGAGAACAUGGUUGCGAAGGUUAUCAAGCGGUGACAUGGUUUUGGGAUUGGUUGUAGCUAAUGUUGCUGUUUUUCUUUUAUGGAGGAUAGCAGACCCUAUAUUCAUGUACAAGAAUUUUACUAUCUCAUUAAACAAUUUUACAAGUGGACGUCUUCACACAUUGAUAACUUCUGCAUUUAGUCACGUUGAUAUUUGGCAUAUCAUUUCUAACAUGAUUGGACUGUAUUUUUUUGGGAUCAAUAUUGGAAGAACUUUUGGGCCUGAGUUUUUGCUGAAGUUGUAUCUAGCUGGAGCUAUUGGUGGCUCAGUCUUUUACUUGGUGCACCAUGCCUUCCUGGCUGCAUCAUCGAAGUCUAAUGUUUGCAGAAUCGACCAUUUGGGAUUAUGGACGCUUCCAAGGCCCCAGGAUUGGGGGCAAGCGGUGCUGUUAAUGCUAUCAUGUUGCUUGAUAUAUUCCUUCACCCCACAGCUACCCUCUACUUUGAUUUUAUCAUACCAGUUCCUGCCAUGCUGCUGGGAAUCUUUCUAAUUGGAAAGGAUAUCUUAAGAAUAAUGGAGGGAAACAGUCAGAUCUCAGGAUCUGCACACUUGGGCGGUGCAGCAGUAGCAGCCAUAGCCUGGGCAAGACUUCGAAAGGGGCGUGGUUUAUUCUAGAUGAGUCUGCAGAUUACUUGGGCAGCAUUUUGUAGAUGUUAUGUGUAGGAAACUGAGAUAUUCCAGCAUGUUAGCUAUUAGUCAUUGCCUUCAGAGUUAGAUUACCGAACCAUUCGAUGACAAAAACUUCUUUCCAAGAGUUGAAUGUCAAAUUCAGAUGAUUAGGAAAAACUGAUAUCUAUUUAGUGAAGCAAGUGUGUUGCUUAUUUCUUCUUUUUAAAGCGAAAUGCUUUCUGUUGUUCACCUGUUCAAAUCAGAGAAAUGGAGUUUGGGCCUGCUCAGUGGGCUUAAAGCAGGUGGGCUCGUGA